UUGCUGGUUUCUAUAGUUAAAAUGUCACGUGCGAAUCUGACUGAUUUGAUCUUGUCGUGACCUUCAGAACCAUGUAGCCGGUGUGUCCAUACCUUCCAAUGGAAUUUUCCGUUGGUGGGCUUCAUUUCUCUUCCAAAUUUGACUCCGGAAAUCUUGCACGCGUUGUCAACGUUUUGUCAGAUAAUGACGAUACGUCGACCACUUCUGCUGGAUUAUCCAAACCCACACAAGCAAAGCAAAACACAUGUAACAACAAUGCAUCAGGAAACGUUAGGGUUAUUGAGCUAAAAGUUGACUAUGAUUUUAAGGUGUGGACGAAACCUGAUUGUGCAGAUACGCCGUUUGAAAAUGGGAAUCGCACAUGGUUUCAUUUUUCCGUUCGAGGAUAUGCACCAGCAAAGCUAAUACGCAUAACCGUAAUGAACAUGAAUAAGCAAUCAAAAUUGUACAGCCAAGGUUAUUGCCCUUUUUACAGGGUAGUCCACUCAACACCUUCACAAUCUAGGUAAACGCCAUUGUUAGCUGUUCGCACACAGCAGUCCACUUUCAACUCCAGGUGGCAACGUAUUCGGGACAAACCGGCGUGGGAUUACGUGGACGGGCAGUUCAUACUGUCAUUCGUACACCGGUUUAUGGAUCCUCGCGGCAGCACAACGUACUUUGCGUUUUGUUUCCCUUGGACCUAUUCGGAGACACAAAAGCAGCUAUCGCAGAUCGAAGGUCUUUUUGGAAAUCAAAAAGUUCCACCGCUGACCACCCAAGAGGACGACAUCACCGGCCCGACAAUCUGCAGCAGGUCCAUGCUUGACGAGUCCUCCGUAGCUGCCAUGCAACAGCAAAUCUACUUUCAUCGUGAACUGCUCUGUUACAGUCUGGAAGGACGAAGAAUCGAUCUACUGACAAUCACAGAUUGGUCUGGUCUGUUGGAACAGCGUGAAGAUUUCUUCGAUCCAUUGUUGUUCCCAGAUCGGUGUACACCAAGGCCAUGGAAAUUUAAACAUAAAAAGGUCAUCUUCAUUUCUUCUCGCGUUCAUCCCGGUGAAACUCCAUCCAGUCACGUAUUCAAUGGGUUACUUGAACUACUGCUGCGUCCUACCGACGCCAGAGCAUGUCAGCUACGGAAACAAUAUGUCUUCAAGUUAAUUCCAAUGCUCAAUCCGGACGGAGUGGUUCGCGGACACUAUAGAACCGACAGUCGUGGAGUGAACCUCAAUCGAGUCUAUCUGGAGCCGGAUUUUUUGUACUAUCCUUCUGUAUACGCUUCCAAAGCACUGAUGGUCUAUCAUCAUACUCGAUAUGGAAGAGCAGUGCCCUACGCUAACUUCUUGGAUGCCAUAUGGAACGAUUUCAACGGCAUUGUUCGGGAACCUUCCGUAAGGAGGAGUGCGGCGUCAGCGCUCAAAGUGGAACAAUUGGAGAACAAGGUGAUCACAACUCCGUUCUCCACAACACCCAUCUCGUCAAAAGAAAUUGCAAUUUGCCCUAUUAAUACCACACAUAUGGGCGAAAAUCAGAUGCAAAAGGGGUUACAGGAAACCAUUGUUGACUUUGGAAACUCUGAGGUGACUUCAAAUCAACUAAGGAUGUCCAGCUGCAGCGAACGAACGACGUCCACAGCUGGCGACCAUAUUUCAGAGAGAUCACGAUUGGCCGCAAAUUCACCAGCCACAGGAUUUAGUCCAGAGGUUGUAGUGACCCUGACCUCGCCACCAGCUAUUGGGCACUCAGUGUCAUGCACAGAAUCUGAUGUUUCCGUCCCCCAAGUUCUGAUCACAAGUAAACUGCCUCCGCCAACACUUCCAAGUGUUUUCUCGAAAGACGGUGAUUGCUGUUCUCAACCGCGAGAUGCCGGGCUCCCCAAGCAGUUUUCCCGAUCAGCUAGCAUUUGUCUGCAGGCUGAUCUGGAAGUGAAUGACACUGACAUGUGUGACAAAACGGAACCACUGCGAUGUGCAAGUCGGGGCCCAUCAGUGUCCAACAGAACGAUAAAAAAUACAACUCGAGAGCAAGUCAAGCGGAAGACCCCUACACCCACCUCUACUAGACGAAUUCGGACGAUGGGAAAAUGCCAGCGUACCGUGUCAGAUGUUAGCAAUCGACUGAGCACAAUCGGCAAGUCUUGCAAAUCCAGCAAACUGCUUUCCGCCCUCAAGGCUCGUCGACGACCGCUCCUGAAAGUGGACUGUUUGCCUUGCCUAUUCACGAAAUUGAACGCGACUUCCCUACGUCUAACGACUACUAAAAGCGUGUGCAGUGGGAGCCGGAGGGACAAAGCUGAUCGGAUUCGCGCCCUAUUAGGUACUCCAGGCAGUUUUGUGUACAAGCCGUCCAAAUUGUGGCCCACGACAACCAGUUCUGUGGACAUAGUGAACAAAGAUCGUCCGCCGUCACAAGCUCGUGGAUCGCAGGAGGCACACACAAAUGCAGUUGAAUCCUCUGAUGUCAUUAACCGCGGUGGACUUAAACACUAUAGCAAAGAAGCUGGGGAGAAAACUGUCGCUGAACAGACGGGUGUAAUGAGAACCGUGUCCUUGGAGAGUCUGAAGGUGGAAUGUAAAGGUGAAAACUUACUUCACAAAGCAACAACCCAAGUGUUGGGUCUGGAUGUUUAUAGCUUUAAGCCACCCGAUUGUGAACCCGGAAAUGAAGGAUCGGACGACGAAAGUUGCGGUAACAUUCCCAAAGCCGAAACGGAUGAUCUAUCGAUCAACGCACAUUACCUCAACCUGAUGGAUCAGCUCAGAGUAUUCGUUGAACACUACAACAUAUGCAACGGCACACCGGAUGCACCAUCCACUGUGGAAUUUGGACACGUGCUGGAACAACUGCACCGAUUGCGCAAGGGCGACCAUCUUUCGGAUCCAGUACUGCGUUGUUUCAAAGGAUCGAGCGGGGUCGCUUUCUAUCUGGACCUUCAUGGCCACUGUUCGAAGAGAGGGUGUUUCUUGUAUGGAAAUUGGCUGGAGCGGGAAGACGACAUGCUCAAUAAUGUGCUGUUUGCAGUGCUGAUCGGUGUCAAUUCGGGUUGUUUCGAUUUUGGCGGUUGCAACUUCAGUGUCCGGAACAUGUAUCAGCGUGAUCGGAAGGGGAACCUGACCAAAGAAGGCUCCGGUCGUGUGGCCAUUUGGAAACAUCUCGGUUUGAUACACUGCUACACAAUGGAAUGCAAUUAUAACUCAGGUCCCAUGAUGAGCCGCAUUGCUCGAUGCCUUUACGCAGCUCCUCCGGAUGAAGGUGGUCGCCUAACACCACCAGGGACAUUCGUCGGACCUUACUGGACUGAUGUUGCUAACUCUCAUGGUAUACGCACUCUCAAUGGGAACGGGCCGCUUCCUGGAUUAAGUUUGUGUACAGAGGCUUCAAACAAUCAACCAAACCAGCAACAGCAACCGUCGACCACUGUUGCCCCUACUGCAAAUACCACCCCUAGUGCACCCGUACGUUUCACACCGGCUCACUUCGAAGAGGUCGGGCGGGCGAUGCUCUUUGCGAUAUUGGAUUUGAACCAAACAAACCCGUGGCCCCGCCUGUCCAAUUUGGCUGGAAGCGCUGCUGUGCCUGGUGUUGGGCUGGCUCCCCCACUCACCGGUUUAAUGGAAUUCUCAAGCAUGCGGUGCUUACGCGAUUGGGUUCGGCGAUACAUCCGCAGCCUGGUGAACACAGCUUCUGGUGGUCCAAGUGGUCAAUGUAUGAAGGGUACCAACCCUAAAAGCACUUCGAACGAGCAGUGCACUGGAAAGCACGAGAGUGCCGUCGCUCCUGUGAAUGUGAUGAAAUCCGCCAGAACGAACCAGCAGAGAAGAUCCGCCCCACUACCGUCCACUGUCAGUUCCACAAGCGUUCACGGUGCCGCCAUAAAUUCCAACAAAUCCAGCGGCGCCCAGAAGGAGCUUCGAACGUCUUCGCUACCGGAGAGAAGAUGCCCAGAUGCGCAGCGAUACACAUGGAAUAAUCCCGUUCUGGUAACAACCAAUGAUUCUCAUUCCGUAGCACCAAGAGCUUUGGAGGCAUUGGAACACUGGAGCGUAUUUUCAGGCAAGCUUGACUGUGCCAUGACUAGCCUGCGAUCAAAAGCGCUGCAAAUGCACUUGGAACAGUUCGAUGCAACUAGUCCGGAUGCUUCACUCUCAGCAGUGCUGUCUACCGAGGGUGGGAAUUGUCAAAGAAAAUUAUCCACUAAAGAAACCAUUUCGCUCAAUGUCGUAGCUUGUACGAACAAUAUCAAUACGUCAAAUGAGGUCUCCACUGAUCACACCAAGUAUACAGGUGAAACACUCGGAGGGAACAAAAAUGGAAGGAAGGGUACGGAGAUCCAAAUCAGAGAUGUAAUUGCGAACGCAGAUUGCUGGAAUUUACACUCCUCUGCGUUGCAUGAAUCCCUACUCAGUCCUGUUCCCAAGAAGCGACAGCAAAAGCAACGAAAGCAGUUCGAAACACGAAGUGGAACGAAAAUUCUGCCACCUGCAAUGUUGGCCAAAAGUAGUCACAGUUCCCGGACCAGCUGGCCGUACAAAUCAGUUAAAUGGGAAACAGACUACGACCGUCAGCUGCUUGAAACGCUUACUAGGAGAUAUUUCACGAGACAAACAUCGACUAGAUACGGGCGUUCGAGCCACUUGCAAGGCGGCGGCGUUGGCGGCGGUCGCGCAAGACAAAUAAUCCCUGAGGUGGCUGUCGAAGAAGGCAACUGUUUUGACUACUUCACAACCAAGUCCUCCAAGCUUUUCUCCGUACACAAAGACCGGAAUCCUACCGUGAUGCGGUCGAAGCUGAAUGGAAGAGAGUUCACGUCCGUCGAGACGCAAAAAUUACCGUUUGCUGCACACAACCUGCAUGAGGUGAAGAUCGGGAGGGAUAUUAAGCAACGAGACAGAACCCAAUGGUGGCGUGAAUAACAAGGCUGGACACAAGACCGUCAUACGUCUGGCAAGCUGUUUGUCUUACAGCCUGAAGGUUGUCCACUUGCACAGGCAACUUGUUCCACCGAUUUCCGUCGCUACUAGAUACAAUAGUAUUUGGAGCAAUGCUUGUCAGCACUUCAGUGUUAGCCGGAAAGUAACAAUUGUCGCUGAGAACAGGAUGCAAGUUGUGAUAGCCUAUCAGCGCGGGAAUAAUGACGAUGCCAACAACCAACUCGAUGCCGCUUCUAAAGUCCAUAGAAAGAAGUGCAGGUGGAACGAUUUCUCCUAUACUCCAGUGUGAGGCGAUAUUCAUUAUAUGUACUGGAACGUGAUUUUUUGAUUGUAUUUCCCAUUUAUGUUCAACCAGAUGGUUACGUUUUCAUGAACUCUGUACAUCUCUUACAUCAGCCCAAGAUAUUCGUGAAUCAGAUGUAAGAGUUGACUUUCUUUAGAGCUGUUUUGUGUACUCUGUUCUGUUCAUCAUGAUGGACCGGAAAACUCAGAAAUAGCCACCGCAGCAUUGUAUGCAUGUUUCUUCGUUAUUUCUUGUUAUGUAUGCACAUGCUGGCACAGACGCACACAUUUAUAAGAACUGUACGCUAUACAUAUACUACUCCAUUCCGUAUGCAUGUGUUGAAUGCACAUCGACAACAUUUCGUUUGGGGUGAGUUGGAACAUGAGCGACACACGAUUUACACGCUGCUAGUGGCAUUCAGACUAACAAUAAAAUUUUCCAGUUUUGCAAACUCUUGCGGUGUAGGUAGUUAUCCAUUAUCCAGAGCCAGUACAUGUCA